AUGCUUGCUCACCUGAGCGUGUUCGCGUUUGAUCCGGCGUGCCCAUGCAUUGAUGCGGCCUCACAGCUCGACGAGGCGGACACGCUUACUCUGAGUGGCUUUCGUCCGAGCCAAGAGUACGGCAGCAACGUCUGUCGAGCGUGGGACGAGCUUGAAUACCCGGGCUGUCAGGAGCCGUGUGGAAAUGAGUGUGUCUAUGCGAACGACGGUGAGUGUGACGACGGCGGCGAGGGGUCUUCUUAUUCUGACUGUACCUUGGGUUCUGACUGCUCUGACUGUGGUCCACGGCCAGAACUCCCGGUCCCCGACUUCUGCCCUCAACAGUGGUGCUAUGUGAACGGGAUGCUCUGCAAGAUCUCCAACCUUACCUACCGCGAGACGCAGAACUUCCCCAAAGUCAAAGGCCUCUUCUAUUCAUACGACACCUGCUCCCCGGGCACCGACUACGACGCCUUUGGACGGUUCCUCAACGAAAAUUACGGGCACGGCAUGACUCUGAAGGCUGCCGUGCCGACCUCGAGCUACCCGCUGCACUACAAGGCGGUUGAGGGGGCGCCGGUCUCGGAAUACGAGGGGCCGUACGAGGAUGACUCAUGGCCGUGGGUGGGCGCCUACGUCGACUACGUACACGCGCUGGCGGCCAGGACUCCUUUCUCCGUGCAGCUGACUUUCGUGAGCGGGGGAGCGAGAUCUGGGGGGAUCAUAAACAACAGCCCGUGGACCGCAGCCAUCAUCGACGUCGCCACCGGAAUUGCUGAUUUUGCGGCGAGCGACUUUUGGGUGACGACCGAGCGCGCCAACAUCGUUUCAUUCUCGGUCCCGAUUCGACAGGACAAGGUAUACCUCUUUGUGCCGCGCCCCGCCGUCGUCGAGACGGAUUUCCUCACGGCCUCUCUUAAGAUUUUUGAACCGUUCCGUUGGGACUUGUGGGUCACCAUCCUUGGCGUCGUCGUGGCCAUGUCGCUCAUCGAGAUGUGGCUGCAGCGUGGGCCGCGACGAGAUGGGGAGUGGUCCGAGGAAGCCCCGCCGGCGCGCGGCUCGCGAUGCAGCAGAGUAGCAUGGUGGCUGCGGGUGUGGCUACAGAGCUUUGUGCAGGCGGUGAUGCACAUGACGGUGGGGCUGCCUGGCACAAAGGGGGAUAGGCCAGGCGAGACAACCCUGUGGCUGGGAUGGAGCAUCCUGCUCUUCCUCCUGGUCAACGCGUACAUCGCGAAUCUCGCCGCAAACCUCAUCUCCUUUGAGACAAACACGUAUAUCGACUCGAUGCAGGCAGCUGUCGACGCGAGUCUACGGAUCUGCUUAAAUGAGAAUCUCAAAAACGAGACCAUCAUCGCGUACCCGGAGGCCGCAAGUUUCCUCGAGCCGAUUCCCGGAUCGAUAGCGGUCGACGCUCGGCGUCUGAGAGACCGCUAUGCCGAAAAGGGCUGCGGCGCGAUGGUCAUGUCGAUCAACGAGGUGCAGCGCGAUCAGGGCAUCGCGCGAGUUAUGUGCUGCUUGAAUCUCUUUGCGGCGGUGCAGGUGCUGAGCAUCCCGCUCGCCUUCCCGGUGAGGCCAAGCCUCGUGGGCCCGCUCAGCUACUGGGUACAAAACAUGAGCAGAACCGACCCGUUGGAAAGCUUCGACGAGCUGCGCUAUCUCAGGUGCAGCGACGUUGCGGCUGUUAGCGGCGCUUUGCAGUGCGCCGACUCCACCGCCCAGUUCCAUUUUCUGCCUCUCACCGACCAAUUUGGGGUGGAGUACACCACGGCCAACCAGCUGCGCGCGUUAGCCAACUUGCUGGAGCAAUCCUCAGAUGGGGCUGCAGCAGAGGCGCCGGCGGCACCGCCGGCACAGCAGAACACGGUGGCUCUUCUCGGCCGGCGCCUGAUGGCGGAGCGAUCCUCGAAUGGGGCCGCAGCAAAGGCGCCGGGGGCGCGGCCAACGGUGGCGCCGCCGGGUCAGCCGACAGCCACCUCUGGACGGAUGUGGGGGCUGUAA